AUGUCGACUAAGACCAAGACCAACGUCAUUGUCAGCCAUGAGAGCAUCGUCCGCCCGAGAUUGAUGGAUGAGAGCAAACAUGUUGUUGGGAAACAGCUUCAGGCACCCAGAGAACCUCCAGUCGAUCUAGAGAAAAAGAUCAACUUUUUUAUCUGGGUUCUUACCAUCAUGCUUAUUCAAGUUUGGCGCGAUCUCAAAACUCGGCGCUGGUUUAAACCACUGCAGAGAGACGAUGUUGCUGGUCACUAUUUUUAUGUUCCAAUUGGCCGCCUAAAUCCUCGUAUCCUGCUCAGUGCUCCACAUGACCGUGUUCUUGUCAGAACGAUUCCCUCAUCCAUGACACGCGAUUACGAGGAACUCGAUGAUUUCUCUGCAUGUGCGGAACGAGAAAUCGUGAAUGCAGGCUCCAACAAUUACGGGGGAUUCUCUCGCUCCGAGCACAACAGCGCCUCACUCAUUGAAUCAACCCUUAGGUUGCUCCCUUUCAACCCAGCACCCAUUGAACUCUCGUCUCGCGUUCACCAAGAACUGGCCGCCUACAUUGGAUCAAAGGCAUGCGCAACCACCACAUCAGGUUUCAGUGCCAACCUUUUAGCAUUCCAGACCGUAGCGGAGACGGCAAAGCAGUUGGGUCGCCAGUGCAUAUUUCUGCUCGAUGCCGAAUCGCACGCCUCCAUGUUUACUGGUGCUUUCAUCAACAAGCGAGCGACAACACAUAGAUUCAAGCAUAAUGAUAUCACGGAUCUGGAUAUGGCUGGCCACCUGUCUCCUGGUCCAGCAAUUCUUGCCCUUCGGCGGAUUUACAACUUUUGCCUCCUUAUUGACGAAGCCCAUGGCUUUAUGGCACUAGGAAAAGGUGGCCGUGGGUCCUUUGAGUGGUGGCAAGAUCGUGGUUAUGAUUGCCCCCUAGAGGAAAUCGACAUCAUGACCGGAACUAUGUCCAAGAGCGUAAGCUGCAUUGGCGGAUUUGUAUCCGCCAACGGUAUCUAUACUGCUGCACUUGAGCGGCAGAGAGCAUUGCAACAUGAGAAUGGGGCCGAGACACUCUCCACCGUGGCAUUGGUGAGAAUUUUGAGCUUGAUCAAUAAGCCAAAGUUCAUUCAGGAUCGUAUGACUACCCUUGAGAGAAAAGCAAGUUUCGUGGCCGAUUGUCUUGCACAAGCUGGCUGUGGUAUACUUUCUUCGCGCGGCUCUCCUGUUGUCUGCUUUCCAGUCGGAACAAUCCAACAAGCGUCUAGAUUCCAUGAGGAGGCAAUGCAGCGAGGUUUUGCAGUCGCCUGUGGUGUGCCUCCAGCCACACCAUUAUGGUCCUGUCGAGUUCGAGUUUGCAUCUUUGCGACUACAUCUUGGAAAGACACCCUUGACUUGAUCAACAUGAUUACAAAAGUGAGCUGCAAGCUCCAGAUCAAAGGCGUGACUUCUACUGUCUUUACCCCGGAUAUACUCCCAAAGCAACACCCCGACGAUCCCGCUAUUGUUGAACAAAGUAUCAAAUCGGAUGCCUCACUUUGUUCCUAUGUCGAAGGACUGUCCAAGAAGUACCCUGGGGGUGACCUCGAAGGAAGAGCACCUUUGAGUUUGCCACAAAGCCAAGAGGCUGUAGAAGCAAGCGUCAAGGCUUUCUACAAAUAUGGCCUUGGUCCUAGUUCUGCAAGGUGGUUCUACGGGACCUUUGAUGUUUUCAUUGCGCUUGAGAGACGGUUGGCCAAUCUAUAUCCAUCGCUAGAGCAUCAUUCGGGACGAUGCCGAGCAAUGAUCGGGACUGAUGCUCAUACUAUGAUGCUCUCACUACUUAGUGCUUGCACCAACCCCUAUGCAAGUGGCAUCAUGAACAUCCUUCUCAUUCCAACUACCGCUCCUCGCGCUGUUCAAGAUGGUGCAAACUUGAAUCGCCCAAGAUCUGAUACGAAGAUUAUCUACUAUGAGAAUUUGGACAAUUUGGUUGCAGAGCUCCGAAAGUUGUCCGGAGCUGUUCCAAAGUUGUAUCUCACUAUGUAUCUGCAGACUACCAACGACGAUGGUAGCAUAGUCGACUUACCAGCGACAAUUCAGAGGAUAACAUCCGAGAUAGCCGAUUCCAUCCGACUCACAGGACUGAGGCUUAUCCUUGACGACAGCAGGGGUCUUGGAAAGAUUGGCCCUCGGCAUCUCGGAUAUCUCGACCUGAUGGAAAGAGAGCAUGGUGUUUCCUUUUUGUAA